CACUCACACAGAGCACAGUGUAUAUCUGUCACAUUUGUUUUUAUCGUCCAUUCAAUAACCAAAAGUAAACGAAAAACAUUCCGGCAUGACAUUAAAACCACUGAAAAUAACGCUUGAUUUUAGCGGUGGAGCCGAAAAUCUAUUUGACAACAUAAAAUCACGAAGUGUUGAACUGGAUGGUAGCAAAACAUGGAAAAUCCGAGACUUUCUAGUGUGGAUCAAAGAUAAUCUCCUAAGAGAACGACCCGAGCUAUUCAUACAAGAUGACUCAGUGCGACCAGGAAUUUUGGUGCUAAUCAAUGAAACUGAUUGGGAACUCCUGGGUGAACUUGACUAUGAAAUCCAGUCAAAUGAUAAUAUUCUAUUUAUUUCAACACUUCAUGGUGGAUAGCAAACUUUCAACGCAUUUUUUUUU